AUGAGUUCCCAAGCACAAUAUGUGCCACCGGCAAACUACCGACAGAGCCAACCUCCGGCCGUCAUACGAGCAGGGCCGGAGGCAGAGACGCAAACACAUCCGACCUCUCUUGCAACAUCACUACCUCCAGAUUCCUAUAACAACCAUUACCGUAAUAAAUUCAACAGCAACAGCACCAACAAUAACGUAGCUGCUCUCUUUGCGCCGCUACUCUCGGAAGUUCUCUCAGAUGAUCUCAUGCAGCAGUUUGAAUACCCUGGGACGGCAGCUAGAACUGAAGAUGAUGCAUUUCAGGAUCUGGACUUGGCUUUCUUGGACAACCUGAUGCGAGGCACCGGAGAAGAUGGACAAGGCGGCACAGAGUGGGCCGCGGCAUGA